UCUCUCUCUCUCUCUCCCCCCCUCCCUCUUAUACCCUCACCCUAGAUGCAGGCGGGCGUUCACACACCGGCAGAUUCACUCAGCUUCCCUCUCCAUCUCCGCGUCUCUAUCCCUCCCUGCUCUCUCUCUCUCUCUCUCUGGAUCUUAGCCCGCUGUUGAACACCGCCAAAAUGUCCGACAAGCCCGACUUGACCGAGAUCGCCAGCUUCGACAAGGCGAAGCUGAAGAAGACGGAGACGAAAGAAAAGAACCCCCUGCCCAGCAAAGAGACCAUCGAGCAGGAGAGGAAAGGCGACGCCACGCCUUGACUCCGGAGCCGUGAGGAAGAGGAGGAGGCGCCCUGAGACGCCGCGGCGUAGACGAAGCACUUUCUUUUGAUCAUCACAGUAUUUCAAUCUCUUGCGUUUGUCUUCGGACGAGGGUGCCCUCGAGCUCCCUGGGGUGCCAUAUGUCGUCCUCACAUGGGGAGGGGGGGGGGGAGGGGGGGGUUCUCGUACCACUUGGGUGGAGAAGACAGAAAAAAAACAACGUUAGCCGGGGUGCCUGUCUAUAGCACUGUUAGCCUAUGAAGCUAACACGUCUUCAAUAUUGCCAAACGGGGGAGGGGUGUAGUGACGUGGCCCAGAGAGAGAGAGACGGCACCCGGCUAUGGGGGGGGGGGGGGGGGGGGGCGGAGUCCAAUCAUGUGGGAUGUUUUUCUUAUUACACUUUUUACUUUUUUCUUGAUGAAAUAAAUAUGAAGACAUGGAACCAGUCCGCCGCGCACGUUGCCGUCUCUUAUGUGUGCAGACUCUCUCGUGAGGAAGACGAGGGUUUCUUCAAAGGCGGCUUUCCAUUGGCCUGUAUACAUACAAUAUCAAAGUAUUGCAGAGUGUGAUUAUGUAAGUGGAUGUAUGGGCGUGGAUGGAAUGCACAAACAGGGAGGCCAUGUGUAUUUUACAGGAAACAUUUAAAAACACUUAUUUUUAUACCUUAAUUAUAAUGACUCUGAAGUCGAGGAUAUUAUGAACAUAUAGCGCGGAUAAAACGGGACUUCUCUUUUUGUUCUCUGCACAUAAAUAUUCACAGUGUAGCUGAUAAAUUCGAUCGGCUAAAGAAUCUGUUAUUCAGGCUUGAGCAGCAGAAAAUUAAUGUGGACUUUAUACUUCUCUGUGAAACGUUUCUGACUGACCAAAGUCAGGAAUUGUUUACCCUCCCUGGGUACAACUUAUAUUGCAAAAAUCGCGUUAACAUGAAACAAGGUGGCGUGGCAGUAUAUGUUGCUGAGAAAUACAUCUCCAAGGAUAGAGUUGACAUUGGUGUGAAUAUCGAGGGAGAGUUUGAGUCCAUUUUUGUCGAAGUCCAAUUAAACCACAAGCAAAAGCCAUUUCUUGUUGGCGAGAUAUACCGAGUCCCAGGCACUAAUCAGUCUCAAUCUAUUGAGCGAUACGAUACUAUACUGUCGCAGAUCCAGGACAACAACUUUGUUAACGUUGUGAUCGGGACGGAUCAAAACUUCGAUCUUUUGAAAGUUGAUUCCCAUCAACAAACUUCGACAUUACUGGACUCCUUUUUCGCUUGUGGUAUUAUGCCUACGAUUACAAUUCCCACAAGAAUAACUAAAUCUAGUUCCACUCUCAUCGACAACAUUUAUGUUAACCAGGAGAACAUCUGCAACUUGAUCUCCUUUGUUAUUUUUUCUGAUAUUUCAGACCAUUUGCCGUGUCUAACGCUUAUGGGGGAACGAAAUAAGGUUAAUGAAAAAAAGCAGCCUCUCGUUAUCACAUCGCGAUCUGUCACUGAUCAAAAGCUGCAAGAUAUUAAUCAUUCUCUGUCCAAUGUUGACUGGUCUGACCUACAAAACAUGACCGUAGACGAAGCAAGUAACGCAGUCACUCUGGCAUUUAUAAGCAUACUGGAUCAUCACGCCCCUACGAGAACUGUUCGUAUUUCUCGCAAGCAUGUUAUGAGAGAACCCUGGAUGACGGUGGGUCUGAUGAACUCAAUACGCAGGCGUGAUCGUCUGUUCAAACUCCAGCUGGGGAAACCAGACAGUCAUCCUGCGCGGGCAAAAGUUCUCACCUACAGAAAUAUAUUAAACAAAGCCAAACGAGACGCAAAACAAUUGUACUACUCUAACCUCCUCAAUGAAUAUAAGUACGACUCAAGGAAGACUUGGCGAGUGAUUAACUCAAUCAUUAACAAAUCCAACGACAAGUCUCGUAUCUCGGAUGUAUUUUAUGUCAAUGGCAAAAAGGAAGUUGACCCUAAAAAGAUUGCAGAUGGGUUCUGUGAAUAUUUCGCUACCAUAGGUGCGAAAUAUGCAGACCAAAUUGAAUGCUCUGAUCACUCGUUUGCUGAGUAUCUUGGUCAAUCAUCCACAAUUCAAUCGAUGUUUCUUAAUCCUGUCGACCCGGAUGAAAUUUCUAAAAUAAUAAACAGCUUUAAGCCAAAGAAAAGCGCCGGUCACGACGGUAUCAGCAUGAAUCUAGUCAAACAACUUGGUCAAUCGUUGGCCACUCCUUUAUCACAUCUUGUAAACAAAUCAUUAUCGGAGGGAGUUUUUCCUGAUGAUAUGAAGAUCGCUGAAGUGAUCCCCAUUUACAAAGCCAAAGAAAAGCUUUACUUUACUAACUAUCGUCCAAUAUCUCUGUUGCCAAGCUUUUCCAAAAUUUUGGAAAAGGUCGUUCAUAAACGACUGUACAGCUUUGUUGCAAAGCAUAACUUGUUAUACGGAAGCCAAUACGGCUUUCGACCAAAGCACUCGACUGAGAACGCAGUCACUGAGUUUCUGUUUGACACCUACACUGCACUUGAACACGGAGAGAACACUCUGGCAUUAUUCCUGGACCUUUCUAAAGCUUUUGACACGAUCGAUCACUCAAUACUUUUUUAAAAACUGAGCCAUUAUGGUGUUAGAGGUACGGCACUCGAGUGGUUUAAAAGUUAUCUUCGUGGUCGAAAACAAUAUGUGAAAUACAAGGGGUUCAAAUCAAAAUCAUAUGAUAUAACUUGUGGAGUACCACAGGGUUCUGUAUUGGGACCCCUGCUAUUUAUAUUGUACAUAAAUGACCUUCCAAAAGUCUUAAAACGUGUUAAAAGCAUCCUCUUUGCUGACAACACAACUAUCUAUAUUUCAUCGCAGGACCACCAUAACUUAUAUCAAACUGCAAAUGAAGAGCUAAAAAUUGUAUCUGAUUGGUUCAAAGCGAACAAGUUAUCUCUAAAUGCACAGAAAACUAAUUAUAUGCUAAUAAAUAAAUCAAAUAAUCCCCCAGAUCAAGAUUUUAGGCUUGAGAUUGACGGGGCUAAUGUCUCAAAAGUCCAGUGCACCAAGUUCCUUGGUGUCUAUAUUGACGACAAUCUGCGCUGGCAUCAACAUAUUGACAGCUGUCGGAAGCGUAUACGAAGCGGCACAUUUGCCCUGCGCUCCGCAAAAAAUAUACUCUCAACAGAAAAUCUGCGUUUGUUGUACCACAGCCUUGUCCAUCCGCACCUCUUGUAUUGUAAUAUUCUCUGGGGAUCCGCAGCUAAAACUCAGGUCAAAUGUAUCGAGAUUUUACAAAAAAGGGCUGUGCGGAUCAUCUGCAACGUGAAGAAUAAUGAACACACUGAGCCGCUUUUUAAGAGAUUGGGCAUUCUGAGAUUUACAGAUCUACAUUUGUGUCAAACAGGAAUUUUUAUGUACAGAUUUAUGAAUAAUAAUCUGCCACAUAAUCUGUUACGUAUGUUCACAAGGAACACAAAUGUCUACGACCACAACACGCGGCUGCGUGGUGGCAUUCAUAUAAAUAAACAUACAGUCGACAUUGUAUUUAAAAGCUUCAUCUGUAGAGGUCCAAAGCUCUGGAGACAAAUUCCGGACGAGGUCAAAUCGGCAUCCAGCAUCAAGGCAUUUGGUUCUCGCCUUAAACACCAUCUCACUUCUUUUUCAAAGUUUUUAAUAUUGAUAUACAGCCUGGCGGCACAGUACAAUAGAGGAAAACUAUUUAAAAUAAAAUGUAUAUACAUAAUUUGAUGUUCGUGAUAUUAUUUUUAUUUAUUUUUUCUAAGUUAUCAGUAGUUCACAUUUGUCUUUUAUUAAUAUUUUUACUAUGACUGUUUCUUUUUCUUUUGGUUUUCUUUUCUUUUUCCUAUUCUGGUUUUAUGUUGUUGUUGCUUGUACGACAUUUUAUGUUUUCAUCCAUUAGUGUGUGUACUGUCUGUGUGCCUGUAGUAGUAGUUGGUAGGGGGGGGGGGUGAAAGGCUUCGGGGAGGGGCCGUCCAACUCCUCAUCUCAGAGGAGCCUACAGACCUCGAUCUUUGGACGGUCCUCCAUUCGUACAUUUUUUUUCUGUUGUUAAUGUCUGCCAGUAUGUACACGUUAUGUAUGUACUUAUGGAAAAUAAAUUACUUACUUACUUA